CAGACCCUGAAACGAAACACGGGCUUCUGCAGAUAACGGGCCCAGCCAGUGCAAGGGACUCUGCCGAGAGGGCCCUCCCAGGUAACCCACCUGCCCCCAGGAAGCCAUGACAGAGAUCAGACAGCUGCCCCCGCCGCUGCCUCCACGACUGGAUUGGUUCAUACAGACACAGGCGGGCCAGCUGGCCCAAGGAGGGGUCCCUGCAUGGUUCCAUGGUACCAUCUCGAGAAAGGAUGCCGAGAACUUGCUGGAGUCACAACCACUGGGAUCCUUUCUCAUCAGGGUUAGCCACAGCCACGUGGGCUACACGCUGUCCUACAAAGCCCAAAGCUGCUGCCGCCACAUCAUGGUGAAACUUUUGGAUGAUGGGACCUUCCUGAUCUCUGGGGAAAAAGGGGCCCACACCUCGCUGGAUGCCCUGGUCGCCUUCUACCAGCAGCAUCCAGUGUGGCCACACGAGGAGCUGCUGACGCAGCCCUGCGGGCAGAAAAAUCCAGCAAAUGUGGAUUACAAGGAUCUCUUCCUGUACUUCAAAGCAUUGGCUGGGGAAGCCACCAGCCCUGCCUGUGGCCCCAGGGACCCUCAGAACCCCUCCGCCCACCCAGCGGCUACACCUGAGGAGUUUCAGGCCACUGCAAAGCCGGUCCUGCUCCAUCAGCGAAAGGAAAGGAAGCCAUGGGCAGAGAUGGGCAGAGCACCCACAGAGGAAGCCUCUUCCUCCUGUCCCCCAAAAGUACCUCUAGAGGAGGCCUACCAGAAACUCUGGAGGAGCCUCAAGAUGCUCCCCCAGGCAGGCAAGAGGGUCCGGUGGCAGCUGAAAUCCCAUCUGGGAGCUGUGAGCUUGUCAGCGCUGCAGGACACCAGGCGGUCAGUGGUGGUGACCCACGGCCCAGAAGCCAGGGCUGGUGAUGCAGACUGGGAAGAUAACAUCCACAUGGACCCCUCUGUGGCUACAAGGUCCUCACAGCUCCAGGCUUCGAGAGAUGGACAUGACCCUUCCAAGUGGGCCUCGAGGUUGGCCAGCUGGAGCGAGGUGACCCCGAGGGUCAGGGAGUGGCACCAAGCGGUAGUGAGGGCUCUGGCCUCAAAGGUGUCCAAAUCGGAGCCAAGAGACUUGGCAGAACCCCAGAAGAGCUGCCUUCCUGAGGAGUACCGCAGGCCGCCACCCUUUGCCCCCGGGUACUGCUAGAGAAGAGCUCUGGGACCCUCGCUCCCAGGGGCUGCUCACACCUGGACCCCUAGCUUUCUAGAACCACCAGCCCUCAGGGGCCUGAGAAACGUAAUAAAGACACCAACUGCUUGGCUCUGUUCCUACAAUUGCCAGCGGGGUGACCUGGUUAUCUGAACAGUAAUAAUAAUCAGAUAAAGCAAGGGACUGAGGCACUACUGUGUGCCUGGCCCCACACCAGACCCUCUGUGUUCAUUGCUCAUUGUUUCUUUUACACCUCUGAGCAGGCCUAAUAGGCUCAUUCUGUGCUUUUUAAAGAAGAGACUGAAGUUCAGAGAGGGGGGGAGGCAUGGCCAUGCUAAACUGCUGGGUAUCGGCUCCAGGAUUUGAAGCCAGACCAGUUGAAGUCACUUCCUCUCUUGCACCCAGUUCUACUCCAAUUGCAUCCCUGCUACAAACGGGGCUGUUCAUGCCCUUCUUCUGGGGUUCUUGGUCAAAUGAAGGAGAUGGCAUAUAUACAGAACAUCCCCAAUACCAAUGUCAGGUUUAGGGGAAGCUUAUGUGCUCCUUUCCUUUGUAAACAGAAGCAGCCCAGGGCUGUGGUUGGGGUGGGCUCUGGAAGGAAUCCUGGGUUGUGAGGCUGUGUGACUUUUGGCAAGUCAUUAGACUUCUCUGGGCCUGUUUCCUCAUCUGGAAAAGGGUGAGAAGAGCAGUUGCUCUUUGUCAGGAUGAACCGGGAAGAUGCUCAUAAAUCCUGGGGCUUCUGCGCACAGUACAUGAUGCACAAUGGAGAUGUCUGGGAAGGUCUCAGUUGCAGGGAUGACCAUUCCUGGACUAUUUGGGGCUAUAGACAGGGUCCCUGGGAUGACUGCAGGUGGAGUGGGUGUGGGGCUUUCCAAAUAGGCAAGGUCUAGAGGUCUGGGAUCUGAAGUGAAGUGGACCUGGGUUCAAGUCUGCCUCUGCAGAUGACUUGAAGUGUGGCCUUGGGCAAAUGACUCUGCUCCCUCUGAAUGAAGUGCAAUCGCUUCUCGUCCAACCCCACUGGGAUGUCAUAGGCAGCCUAUGCAACAGCAGAAAGGUAGGUGCUUCAUAAACUGUAAAGUACACUGCCAGCCUCAGUGAAUGACAUCCCUCUGAGGCCUCAUCUAGUGGUUCUAAUGAGUCAGCAAGGGGUUAAGGCAUCAAUCAGUCCCCCUUGAGGAACUCAGGGGUUGAGGGGGAAAGGGGAUUGAGCAAUUGGAUGGGGUCAUCCGUGGGAAAUGGGCACCAUGGGACAGUGCUGGCCAGAUCACCACACCCCGUCUCAGCCCACCAAGACCCACAGCGAGGCACGUCCAGCCCUCACAGUGGCGAGAGAUCUAGAAAUCAGCCCUUCCCCCUCACAGUCCCACAAAGAGAAGACUGUGGCCCAGAGAGGGUACAGCCAGACCUGGGUCCCAGGAAGGGCUGAAGUGAGACCCCAGGCUUCCGCCCUCCUGCCCCCCAGGGUUAAGGUAGAAAACGUCUCCCCAGCGAGCAUCACCCACAGAUGUGUGUUUAUUCCCAGAGCCCAGGCGGCAGGCUGCCCGGUGGGGUGAGGGGCGCCUGCCCUCCUCCAGCCUGGCCCCUCUGCGGUGCCCUCAGACGCGGAUGUGGAAGGUGCUGUGGGGCAAGAGGAAAGGCAUCAGUGUCAUCAGGCAGGGGGACCCUCUGUCCUCCUCCCCAGCGCCCCUGAGGCUUCCAAGGAGCCACACGGGAAGAGGGACCCCCCCUCAAGAAGCCCCAGGCCGUGGGCCUCCUGACCCCUACAGGGCUGGAAGGCACAUCUCUUUGAAUCAGAGUUUACAUCGGGGCUGCACCCCCGAUUUGCUUUGGGACUCUGAGUGUUUGCCCCUCUCUGGGCCUCAGUUUACCCCUCUGUAAAAUGGAGAUAAUAGCUGUCCCUCCUACAUAGGACUGUCAUGAGGUCUAAAGAGGCAGACAGGCAGGGUGGGACACGGGCAGCUGUCGGUGGAAGGACAUUCCUAUUGCCAUUUUCCCCUCUCUAUCUGUCAGGAGAGCAGCCGUGCUUAUGGAGGGAAAAGGUAGUGAAGUCUGCGCAUACAGGGACACCACCGAUAAUAGCCAGGACAGCUUCCAGAGCGCACAGCUGUUGAAUGCCUGCUGUGUGCCAGGCACUGCUCUAAGUUCUUCCAGUGUACGAACUCAGGGGUCAGCCAACUUUUUUCUGUAAAAUGCCUAAUAGUUGAUAUUUCCAACUUUGCCCAGUGACUCAACUCUGCCUUGUAGCUCGAAAGCAGCUGAAGAGAAUACAUACCCAACGGGUGUGGCUCUGUGCCGCUAACACUGUUGAUGGACAUGGAAAUUUCAAGUGACUCAUGUCACUUGACUGUCAUGAGUGUUGGUAUAUUCUUACAUUAAAAAAUGUAAAAACUGUUCUUAACUCAUUGCAAGUACAAAAACAGGUGGUGGGCUGUCUCAUCUCCACCUUACAGUGGGAGCUCUGAUUCUCUCCAGGGCUGUUAAGGACAGUUGUAAGGCCUGUUCACUCCAAAAUGUCUAGGCAAGUGAGGGCUGAAAUCUACCCAUGGCCCAAUCACCCAAAGAGCUGCAUCUGCCACAGAGGAGCCCACAGGAUCCUUAGUUAUCCCCAUUUUGGAGAUGCAGGGACUGAGAUCAGGCAGGCUGAGAAAGUUCCCCAGGUCACGAAUGAAUGAACAGAGGGACUUGGCAGAGGCUGUGUGUAAAAGCCCCUCAGAUGUGGACGUGGAUUGUGCGGGGGGGCAGAGAGGGUCACCUGAGGAAGUCGGGUGCCCUCAGGAUCAUGUUCUGGAAGUCUUCCAGGGACAGUCGCCCAUCAUGGUCCCCAUCGGCCUCGUCCAGCACCUUUUCACACACCAGGCUCACCUCCUCGGCGCUCAGCUCCCCCCUUGUCAGCUUGGUCACCGUCUGUUCCAGGUCCCACGCACAGAUGUAGUCAUCGUUGUUAAAAUCUGUGCAGCAGGAUGGAUGGGAUGUGGAGUCAGGGGACAGCAGGUGGCAGGCCAGCUGGGCCAGUCGUGGCCAGUUCCUGUCUCCAUGUUACAGAGGAGGAAACAGGUAGUGGAGGGAACCCAGGACCCCCGGGGAAAAGCUGGAUCUUGCUUUGGAAUUAAGAGCUGCCGAGAGGUCAUUCAUUCACUCAACAAGUACUUACUGAGCAUCUACUAUGUGCCAGGCAUGUGCUAAUUGUUCUUCAUUCAUUUGCUUUUUCAACAAGUAUUUAGUGAGUGCCUACUGUGAUACCAGGCACUGUGAUAAAUUUUUAUUCUUUCA